UGUGGAUUCGAAGCCACCAACAACUCAUUUUCCCAGUAACCCUUGCGAGCCUUACGUCGUUGUGCGUCAGCUCCCCAGUCCCCCCACCAUCACUGUUCUACAGAGGAAGAAAGGGGGAGACGGGCAACCUAUACAGAACGCUUUCACACAAAUAUGAGCGGCAGCGGGCGGCCCAGGACCAGCUCAUUCGCUGAGCCUCCCGGAGCUCCCGGAUCCGCUGCAACCGGUGCCGGAUCAGCAGUAGCCGGUGGAAGCUCGACAGGAAAAACUGGGGCUUCACAAGCCAGUGGAAGCAGCUCGACGAGCUUUGGGAAUUUGAAACUGCCUAGAGACAGUGGCAAAGUGACGACGGUAGUAGCCACACCUGGCCAGGGCCCCGAUCGCCCACAGGAAGUGUCCUACACAGACAUAAAGGUUAUAGGAAAUGGCUCCUUUGGCGUGGUCUAUCAGGCUCGCCUCAUCGACAGCCAGGAGAUGGUGGCAAUUAAGAAAGUUCUCCAAGACAAGAGGUUUAAGAAUAGGGAGCUGCAAAUUAUGAGGAAAUUGGACCACUGCAACAUAGUGAGGCUACGUUACUUCUUCUACUCGAGCGGAGAGAAGAAAGAUGAGGUGUAUUUGAAUCUGGUGCUGGACUAUGUUCCUGAGACAGUGUACAGGGUAGCUCGGCACUUCAACAAGGCCAAGACCACCAUCCCCAUCAUCUAUGUUAAGGUGUACAUGUACCAGCUGUUCCGUAGUCUGGCUUAUAUCCAUUCCCAGGGCGUGUGUCACAGAGACAUCAAGCCCCAGAACCUCCUGGUGGAUCCAGAGACUGCCAUCCUCAAACUCUGUGACUUUGGCAGUGCAAAGCAGCUAGUUCGGGGGGAGCCGAAUGUGUCCUAUAUCUGCUCACGGUACUAUCGUGCCCCGGAGCUCAUCUUUGGUGCCACCGACUACACGUCUAACAUUGACAUCUGGUCAGCCGGCUGUGUGCUGGCUGAGCUGCUGCUGGGCCAGCCUAUCUUCCCUGGGGACAGUGGUGUGGACCAGCUAGUAGAGAUCAUCAAGGUUCUGGGGACACCAACAAGGGAGCAGAUCCGGGAAAUGAACCCUAACUACACAGAGUUCAAAUUCCCACAGAUCAAAGCACACCCUUGGACAAAGGUGUUUAAGCCUCGUACCCCACCAGAGGCUAUUGCCCUCUGCUCUCGACUGCUGGAAUACACGCCGGUGACCAGGCUGUCUCCCCUGGAGGCAUGUGCGCACGCCUUCUUCGAUGAGCUGCGCCAGCCCAACACCCGCCUGCCCAGUGGACGAGAACUGCCGCUCCUCUUCAACUUUAGUCCUGUUGAGCUGUCUAUCCAGCCCCAGUUGAACUCCACGCUCAUUCCUCCUCACGCUCGUGCACAGACAUCGCCUGCCUCACAUGAGGGCAGUGUGUCAGACAGUUCCGCCCAGCCCAGCUCAGCACCUGGAUCCAUCAGCAACAGCACCUGAGCAUCCAUCCCUCUGUCAUCAUUUCUUUUUGUCUUCCCUAUUUUCCUUUUCUCUCCUCUGCUCUUGUCCCUCUAAACCUUCCUCCUGGCUCCAAAUCCUUAAGAUAGAAAAGAAAUAACUAUACACACCCACACAAACACUCAGCAUUGCUAUUAUCCCUGAAUUUUAACCAUUUCCAAUAGAAAGUGAUUUCUGUGGCUGCUAGCUUCAGGAGGGUGUGGGGUUGUUUUAAGGACGUUUAGGUAGCCAAGCUUGGGCUUAAUAUAAGCUGCAGUCUAUGUGGCCCUUGUCUGGCCUGUUAGAAUAAAGACACUUUACAUUGGUUGCAUGGGAUGUUUGGGAGAGAGGAGGUGGGUUGUACAUGUUAUGUGGAUUUUCUGUUUUAUAAUCUACAGUUGACUUUUAUCCCUUUUUAUGUUCAUUUUAUUUGCUUUAGCUAAUUUUAUGUGUGGCCGUGGUGCCAUUGAAUUGGGGUACUGAUUGGCCAUGGAGUUGAGAAUGAGGGCCUCAUGUAAGGCCUGACGAAUAUUGACAAUCAUCCUUAGUAGGGUAAAAAAUGGCACACUUGUACUGUACAUAGUGUUUGAUCGUACAACCCACUGUGUAGAUUAGUGGCUUUUCUGUCACUUUCUACCCUGAACUCUACUCAAGUAUUGUCAGUUCAUCCAGCCCAAUGGUGAACAAAUGUGAAGAAUUUUUUUAAAUCUCCCAGUUUAAUACCAGACAGAAAAUGUUGGCUGAUUUUGUCCAUGUCAUUUUAGAUAAGAGGUGGUUUUAAAUUUUAUUACAAAGGAGGGCACCACAGCCUGUCUUUACAGUUUCUUUUUGAAUAUUAGCUCCUCAACUGCCUUUUAUGUGAAUGAGAGGGAGCUUUACACGAGCAGAGUGCACAUCUUAAGUUUCUUCAGUAUAAGCUCUUGUUUUCAUUGGUUAAGCUGGAAACCAAGCGUUUCAUGUUAAUUCUUAAGUGAGUAUUGCACAUCUCCAAAGGAAGUAGAGGGGAAGCAAAGGGGUGAGUUAUGUGUACUGUCCAGCUGUUAACAUAACUUUACACAGAGGGAGCCGUUGGUGUGGGGCUCCAGUUGCAUCUAAUACAGAAGCCUCAAUGUCUCUCAUGUCAUAAACACAGUUGCUUAGCACUGUAGGGUGAAUAGUCACCUCAUUAAUUAUGUCACUUUACAGUGUUAAAUUAAGUAUCAGCUUGAUUAUGUUGACAUCAGGUGCAGAGGGUACAGAGAGACUACUGCUUUCACUGCUCACCUGGCUCGUCAUUGACAUUUCAGCUAGUAUACACAGUUAUUAUUUGUGCAGGGGGAGGACUCUGAAUGAAUUUAGUUUGGUUUGUGAGAGAGAUUUGUUGAAACCCUCUUCACCCCUUCCUAAACAGCCUGCCUGUGACACUCAUAUCAUGUACUUCUUGUCCUGUGAUGAUGCUAGGAACUGAUCUUGAAUGAUUAACGCAGCCUAACAGUCCGCUCUCGGCAUGGACUCGUUUUCUUUCUUCCACCACGCAAAUGUGCAUGUUCAGCCCAAGUUGACCACACUAUGUUACUUCCACUAAUCUCAGUAAUAAUCUGACCAGAAAUGAUGCUCAAACCCCUGAAACCCAACAGCUUUUGGAGCCUCCUCUUCCAUUCCUUUUUGUCCUCAUCCCUCUGCCUUCUGCUUCCCACUUUCCUCCUCCUUUUUUCACUGCUAAACUGUAAAUAUCAAGUACCUUUUAUUUUAUUUUGUUAUUUUUGUUAUUAUUGUUAUUAUAUUGUUGUUCUUGUAAUUUUUUUUUCUCUAGUAGACCGGCGCAGCAGCGGCCGGACUGUUUAUCCUCAGUCACAGUCUGUAAAUACGAUUUCAUUUCAGUCCCUGGUUCAGGAGGGGAAAAACAGAACAAAAUGUUUCAUUUUUAUUCUCUCUCCCUCCAUUUCUCUCUUCACGACUUUCCCUUUUCCCCCAUAAAUGUUGUCAUAACUGUUUUAUUUAUUGUAUUGUGUUUUUUGGGGGGGAGGGAGGGGGUCUUUUAAUUUCCACUGAUGUGGUAAAAAUGAGGGACUAGAGUGGGGGGGGUUGUUUUUUUGUUUUUUUUGUUGUUGUUUUUUUUUUCCAAAGUUUUGUCCAGUAAUGUCACAUGCAAAACGAUUUCACAUCCAAGAUACUGUACUCAAAUCCAGACAUUGGUGUGUGUGUGUUUUCCAAUCAGUGGUCUUGUAUGUAUGCAGGUGCACAUGCUAGCCAACAGGUGGAACUCCAGUUUUCCAUUUAACUUCAAUGUGAAGGGAAUGUUACAAGCGUCUGGAUCUAUGGGGUCGUGGUGUUGGGAGGGAGCACGGUUCCCUGUGUGUGUGUGUGUGUGUGUGUGUCUGGAGGAGAGGGGAAAUAAUGAAUCUGUCCAUUGACAUGUAUCAUCUCCUGUGUCCGACCGUCUCCUGUUUUUGCUCCCUGUGUGUCAUAUGAGUGUAACGGGUUUGACCUGUUAGUACAAGUGUGUAUGCUUCACAGAUACUUGGUGAGUUUCUUGAGCACAGCUGCAGGGAAUGUAUGUGUGUGUUUGAAUGUGUGCUGGCAGACCAUGGACAUUAUUAUCUGUACUCCUGACUCUUUACAAAAUGAAGAGCUGACUAAAUGUGCUAUUUUAAUGGGUUUUUUUUUUCCAUUUUCUGAUCUGUCACUUUGUUUUUAAUUUGCUGUGACCCUGCUCUUUUAUCACCCUGGUCUGAGGGUAAAAUGUCAUUGUUGGGAACAGAACGGUUGGAUAAAGGAGAUGAUGAACAGAGAGGGAUGGAGGGAGAGAGACAGUUUUUGUUUGUUGGUAUAAAUAAUUAAACUCAUUAAUAAAGUGAUGAAACUGU